AAGAUGGCGGACGAAGAAGAGCAGUUCUCCUCAUUUUCUGAUAUGGGUCUUGAUGACCGUAUUACAAGGGCAAUAUCGAGGUUAAACUGGUCAAAACCAACACCGAUCCAGGAAAAAGGUAUAACGCUUGCUCUUGAAGGAAAAGACAUUUUAGCGAGGGCCAAGACUGGUUCAGGCAAGACUGCAGCGUAUGCUGUACCAAUAAUACAAAAGAUUCUUCAAGAUAAACAGAAUAAUAAUGAGUUAGCAAUAAGAGCUUUGGUAUUAGUUCCAACAAAAGAACUUUCCCAGCAAGCAUCCAGAAAUCUCAAGGAAUUGUCUUGUUAUUGUUCACGUGAAAUCAGAGUUGCAGAUGUAGCUCAAGGAAACCUGGCUAAUACCAAACCUCUACUGAUGAACAUACCUGACAUAGUAAUUGGUACACCUAGUGGUAUUCUGGGGCACUUACAAGCAAAGAAUCUAACUUUGAAAAACAGUCUUCAAAUGUUGGUUGUUGAUGAAGCAGACCUGGUGUUUUCAUAUGGCUAUGAGAAUGAUUUAAAGCUGUUAUUGAGUCAUUUGCCAAAGAUUUAUCAAGCCUUUUUGAUGUCAGCUACUUUAACCGAUGAUGUCAAAUCCCUUAAGAAAAUGGUUUUACAUAAUCCUGUGACUUUGAAAUUAAAUGAAUCUCAGCUCCCUGAAAAAGAUAGACUUAUGCAAUACCUCAUAAGAUGUGAACCUGACGACAAGUUUCUUUUAAUCUACACUUUACUUAAAUUAAACUUAGUUCAAGGCAAGACACUGCUGUUUGUCAAUGGGAUUGACAGAUGUUACAGGCUAAAACUAUUCCUUGAGCAGUUUUCCAUCAAAUCAUGUGUACUGAAUUCAGAACUUCCACAUAAUUCAAGAUUACAUAUCGUAGAUGAGUUCAACCGUGGUGUAUAUGACUAUAUUAUAGCAUCUGAUGAGACAGUGUUUGAAACAGUAGGCACAUUACAUCCAACAAAAAAGAGCAAAAAAAGCAAGAAGGACAAGGAGUAUGGUGUGUCUAGGGGGAUUGACUUCCAAGGUGUUGAGAAUGUAAUAAACUUUGACUUUCCUACAACAGUGGAUGCUUACAUUCAUAGGGUUGGCAGGACUGCUCGAGGUGAUAAUUCUGGUACAGCUUUGUCGUUUACUACAUAUCAUGAUAAUACAGUUGUAAAAAAGGCAGAGGAACAGUUGGCUAAAGAACUUGGUGAAGAAAGUGAAGUUUUUAAACCUUAUCAAUUUAAAAUGGAAGAAAUUGAAGGAUUUAGAUACAGAGCAAAGGAUGCACUUCGAGCAGUUACAAAAUCAGCCGUCAAAGAAGCAAGAUUAAAAGAAAUCAAGAGAGAAAUCAUCAAUUCAGAGAAAUUAAAGGCAUAUUUUGAAGACAACCCAAGGGAUCUACAGGUGUUACGGCAUGACAAAGAACUCCACCCAGCUAGAGUACAAGCCCACAUGAAAAAUGUUCCAGAUUACUUAGUUCCUGCAACAUUAAAACCCACUAUGGCUAAAAGGAAAAGAAAGAACAAACACAUACCAUUCAAAAGUGGCUCCGCUAAUAAGAAAGCAAAAUCAGAUCCACUCAAAACAUUCAAAUAUACUAAAGACAGGCAAGAUAAAAAGGGUCACAGAAAGAAAGGAAAAAGCAAAUAAAGAAAUUCCUCAUCUUGAGAUGAUAUGACUGGUCGAUAAUAAUUUUUGUUGCAAGAAAAGGACAGAAGAUGCCUCUAAUACAUUGUAUACAAUUUUUCUAUCAAUGGAAUAAAGAUUUAUUAAACAAAAA